CGUUAUGAAUAUGGUGUUUUGUCCGAUAUCACAUACCGCGUCUUGUCCCGCCUGUGGUUCCCCGAGGUGACAUUUGAAACGUCGCAGCGAAAACGUUUUUGGUUUUGAUGGAGACUCAAAGCCACGUUAACGGAGAUAUGUCGCAGAUUGGCCGCUGGGUCCAGUGAUCGAAGGGUAUUUCAUUUCACACAUGGCGUAAGUCUCGACCAUGAAGAAUGCUAUGCCACCAACAGAUAAGACGUCAUAUAGAUCUGGCGAACCGACAAAAGCAAAAGAGCCGCAAGCUUUGAAUUACAGUGGCUGAUAUCUCAGAUCAAGUAACGGAUAGGACAAAAUAGUCAGUCAUGAACUAUUACAUGGGCCAAGAAACACCACGACACGUAACGAGGGACUUGGCUGAUGUCCGAUGAGACGACAAACAGGGCAUCACAAGGCCAGAACCCAGAGAUUCGGCAAUUUGGGGCCGGGGCCCAGUCAGUCGGGUCGGAAACUAGGCAGCUGGCAGCACUGUAGUUAGUGUAAGUAUGAGUACGAGAUCCCUGUAGAAGCACAGCCUGAAGAGUCGGGUACUUGGAUAGGUAGGUAGGUAAUUCGAAUAACUAUCAAUGACGACGACGUGGCCGAACAGAGUAAUAGUUCUGAGAUAGGCAGUCUAAAGAGAACAGAUAGAGAAAGGUAAAAGGGAGUGUUAAGGAGGAUUUUCCCAAAUAGAGACGGUGUGAUGUGAAAUAUUGCCAAGUCGGACGCGUCUCGUGCUGUAGCGCAGUCGAACAUCUCCGUAGUGGUCGUUGAGCUAACACAGCGAUUUCCAUUGUCGGCCAUGUUUCCCCUUUGGGCCUAUUCUGGCGCUGAGCCUCCAUUACCGAGCUGUCAAGACAACAAGAGUUGCAUCACAGGACAUGAGAGCAAGCAAUAGCUUCAAAGACAAAUACAUAGACAUCCAUUAGUCGAGUUACACUAAAGCUAGAAAAAUCUAUUCUAAGACUUUGAAUAUAUGAUUUAAGAAGAUGCUAUAUCCCCUCGACUGUUAAUGCUGCUUGUCCUCAGUCGGCUUCAGGUCCAAUCCAAUUCAAGACCCCAAGGUACAGCACUGGUUGCACUAUUGAAGGGUCCUACCUAUCCCCCCCCCCCCCACAUCACGAGCCCUGCGAAGUUACCCCCAGAAAGUUCCAGUCGAGCUGGGUCCCUUAAACACGGCAUUUCUCAGCAACAACCAUUGAUCGAUCGAUCAAUCGUCUCAGACUCACAGGCGAAAUACCCAUUAUAGGCGCAACUGCCGCGAUUGUCUAAAACAUCAACCACAGACAGAAAUCAACCAUCAAAUUGCCCUGGUCGGCCGCUGUAUGAUCAAUCAUCCAUCAUCCAAUAUCUCUACACCCUCUACACGCCCUCCCCCCCCUGUCCAAGACUAUCUCAAGCUUGCCAGACCUUGACCUUGACCUUGAACCUCUCUCAUUGCUUUUCUUGCUGCUCUCAUCUACGAUUUUUAUUCCCCUUCUUUCCUGUCGAGGCUGGUUUGUAUCAUCUCGUCUCCCGCCAUCCAAUAUCAGACAGGAGCAUAUCGACCGACAUCUUCCCUUCUCCUCAGCUCUUCUCUUCCUCUUCCCCCGCCUUCAGCUUCCAUAGACCAAACGCCCCGUGCACAGCUACCUAAGGUACGCUGCUUUCAGCUUGGAACCAAUCCUAUCAAAGAACCAUCCAGUCCCGACCCCCGGCCUUUAGAGAACCCUUAGAUCAAAUCAAUCAAUCAAUCAAAGUCGAGUACUCGAGCGAACGAGCGUCAAGAACGAACGCCUUCUUCUCGCCUCUUUUUCUUGCCCCGCGUGAGCAUCCAUCCCAUCAGCAUUCAUCAGCACAGCAUCAAUCAGCAACAUUGGCCCAUACUCUUGAGCACUUGACCGUCCCACGCGCUUUUACUACAGUACAUCGUCAUCGCGCCCAGCUUCGCCCCAGAACUAGGUACAUUUUUACAUGCGCUAUCCUGUCUGACCUGUCUUGGCGCCGAGCCCGAGUUUCCCAGGCCCAGCCCAGCCAGGCUUGCUUUCUUCUUCAUCUUUUCUUACCUGCAUUUCUCUCGACCGACCCGACUCGACAUCUUCUCUCCAACAGCAUCAGCAAAGUCCAGAUACGACCGAUAUACUGAGUCGCUGCUCUACCUAACAACUUCAACUCCAAAGAACACCAAAACCGCCCCGUCAUGUCGGGAUAUCCGGGUUACAAUUCUGGCCGCUACGGCCCGCCGCAACCCCAAUACCAUCAGCAGCCUCAGGGCAAUUAUUACCCACCCCAACCUUCGUACGGCGGUGGCUACCCGCAAGGCCAGCCUUCUCCGCAGCCGCCGUUUGGUUACCAACAACAGCCUCCCCAACAGCAGUACUACUCAGGGCCUCCCCCUCAACAACAGCAGUACGGUGGUCACUACCAACAAGGACCCCCUCAGCCUAAUUACGGCUCGCGACCUGGUGGUGGCCCUGCUCCUCCUCCUACAGCACCCCAGCAAUUCGGUCAUGGCGCUCCCAAUAGCUACAACUUCAGAUACUCGAACUGCACCGGCAGGAGAAAAGCCCUUCUCAUUGGAAUCAACUACUUCAACCAGCGCGGUCAACUCCGAGGCUGCAUCAACGAUGUCCGUAACAUGACUGCUUAUCUUUCUGAGCACUUUGGCUACAAGCGUGAGGAUAUGGUGAUCCUUACCGAUGAUCAGCAAAACCCCAUGAGCCAGCCAACCAAACAAAACAUUCUUCGAGCUAUGCACUGGCUAGUGAAAGAUGCUCGACCCAAUGAUUCUUUAUUCUUUCAUUACUCAGGUCAUGGUGGACAAACAAAGGAUCUUGAUGGCGACGAAGACGACGGCUACGACGAAGUCAUUUACCCGGUUGAUUUCAGACAGACUGGCCAUAUCACCGAUGACGAGAUGCACCGCAUCAUGGUUCGCCCCCUACAAGCCGGUGUUCGCCUGACAGCAAUCUUCGAUUCGUGUCACUCUGGCACCGCCCUCGAUCUGCCGUACAUUUACUCCACGCAAGGCAUUCUCAAGGAGCCCAACCUGGCCAAGGAAGCAGGACAAGGUCUGCUUGGUGUCAUCUCCUCGUACAGCCAGGGCGAUCUUGGGGGCGUGGCCAGCAAUAUCUUCGGCUUUAUCAAGAAGGCUGCCAAUGGCGACGAGGUUCGCGAACGCAACUUGAGAACAAAGACCUCUCCAGCCGACGUUAUCAUGUGGUCCGGCAGCAAAGACGAUCAGACUUCUGCCGAUGCAACUAUCGCCUCUCAGGCUACCGGUGCCAUGUCUUGGGCCUUUGUCACUGCCCUCAAGAAGAGUCCUCAGCAGAGUUACGUUCAGCUUCUGAACAGCAUCCGUGACGAGCUCGCCACACGAUACACCCAGAAGCCUCAGCUGUCAUGUAGUCACCCUCUGGACACAAAUCUACUAUUCGUCAUGUAAUGUAUAUAAGCCAUGACCGCCGUACCUCGAACUUGGAGUUGGAAUACCCCGAAUCUACUGAAAAACCGGCUGCGUUUGUGUUAGAAGACACGUAAAGAGGUGGAAGCUGGGCGGAAUGGGGGGUGGCUUUUUCUCAAAACGAGUAUCAUAGUACUAUUGGAUAGUAUUGCAAUGGGAGGCUGUCUGAAAGAUUUGGUAGUUGGCCUCUGAUGUCUUGAUGACUAGCUGUGUCGAAGAACUCAAACAUAAAGCGUAUUGUGAGAAGUAUGGUUAAAUCAAAAUACUCUUGAUUUGAUGCUCAUAGCGCCUAGCCUCUUUGUGACGUAACAAACAUACUGCUGCUUCGAUCGCCAAAUUCCAUUUCUCAACGCCGAAAACCACCCUAUGUAGAAACAUGA